CACGUUUUCAAAUCUGAGAUUAUACCAUUGAAAUACACAAUGAACAAUGCAAAUCCUUUCCAAAGUGAACUAAGUUUGCCGACAACAGGAAGAUUUGAGUGGAUCGAUGAUAAAAAUGAACUUGUGUUCAUCAAAUUUACUGAUCAAAAAUCACAAAAGUCUAUUUAUUCACAAAAAAAUCUUUACAAAAAGAGUCAUAUGAAAAUUGUUGAUGAAAUUCGUACAAUAACUAUAAAGGAUAUAAAAUCCGCUGCUUUGACAAGACUAAAAGCUUCAGGAAAGCAUUUUCAAUAUUCCCAACAUUUUGCUAAAAUGAUCAAGUCCUCAGAAUGUGACAAACUAUUGAUAAGUUUGGCAAAAUAUUUAGAAUGUUAUUUUAAGAUAUUGAAAUUUGAAGAAAAAUUUGCCGAUGAAAAAUUAUUACCAAAUGUCAACCAGUUAAAGGAACAAGAAGAAUUACAUAAACGAAUAGAUAUAUUAAAAUAUGAUUUUUCACUUGCGUACGCUAAAUUUCUACUACUUGAACGAAGUCUAAUGCAUAAUAUAUGCCCUAGACCAAUUGAUCCAGUUGCAACUGCAAAAACAGAUCAAAAUUUAUAUGAAACAUUCUUUUGGUUUUUUGUAUUUUGUAUGUGGAUAACAUUUCUACGAACAAGAUUUAAAGAAAUCUGUGCUCAAAUUGGAUGGUUUACAAGAUCAGAAAUGUUCAAUUCUCUUGGGCGACAAGGAGCUUCCUAUUUCGGUCAAAAAGGAGAACUCGAUAGUAAGAAUAUCGAGAUAUAUCAGACAGAAUUACCCCGAGCAUCAAUGCUAAAUAAGUGCUCACCAGCCUUGAGGCUUAUAUUGCCUGGUGCGGAAGAAAACAUAGCUAAGAUUAACCUGAACAAAUGUGAAGAUAAGCAAAGAAAGUAAUCAUAGAAAUAAACAUUUUCGAUGUUCAAUAAUAUUUAUUUUUAAAGGUUACAUAUGACUGAGACUAAUGUACAUGAAGAAAAUGAAAAGUAUAUAUGUUAUCAGUAAUACAUAAACUUUUCAAAAAGAAUAGGUAUUCUUGGAGACUAUCGACAUUUAUAUGACGAUCAACUUAUACUAAAUAAACAAACUGCUGACAGAGACCAAGAAAAGCACGAAGAUGAUAACGAGAAUAACGAUGAAGAAAACCAAGAGAAAGAUGACAAGAAAAGUAUAUAACUUGGAGUACAUGUAACUUAAUUAGUGGAGUUUAAAAAAGGUUGGGGAAGGUCGAUAAUUCCUAUCUUUGGAUCUAACUAACAGUUAUUAGUUUAUAAAUAAACACAGAAUUGUAGAAAUAUUAUAUAUUUGUUUCCCAAA